CCGCGCGCGGCCUGCCCCGCCCCUGCCGAGGCGGGCGGGAGCGAGUGCCACGUCCGUGCCGCCGGGCUUUGUGCGGCCGCCGCCGCCAUGGGCGCGUCGCCGAGUGUGGAGAUCCCUGGAGGGGGCACCGAGGGCUACCACGUCCUGCGGGUACAAGAAAACUCCCCAGGUCACAGGGCUGGAUUGGAGCCGUUCUUUGAUUUUAUUGUAUCUAUUAAUGGUUCGAGAUUGAAUAAAGACAAUGACACUCUCAAGGACCUGUUGAAAGCAAAUGUUGAAAAACCUGUAAAAAUGCUGGUGUACAGCAGCAAGACACUGGAACUGAGGGAAACAUCAGUGACCCCCAGCAACAUGUGGGGGGGGCAGGGCCUGCUGGGGGUGAGCAUCCGUUUCUGCAGCUUCGAUGGGGCCAAUGAAAAUGUGUGGCACGUACUGGAAGUGGAACCAAACUCUCCUGCUGCAUUAGCUGGGCUCAGACCUCAUAGUGAUUACAUCAUUGGAGCAGAUACUGUCAUGAAUGAGACUGAAGAUCUCUUCUCCCUUAUUGAAACACAUGAAGCAAAGCCAUUAAAACUUUAUGUAUAUAACACAGACACAGAUAACUGCCGGGAAGUGGUGAUAACUCCAAAUUCUGCCUGGGGUGGAGAAGGCAGCCUAGGGUGUGGCAUUGGCUAUGGUUAUUUGCAUAGGAUACCUACACGCCCAUUUGAAGAGGGAAAGAAAAUCUCUCUCCCAGGACAGCUGCCCAGUGCAUCUCUCAGUCCUCUCAAAGAUGGCUUUACAGAGGUUCAGCUGUCAUCAGUUAACCCCUCACCAGCAUUACCCCCUGGGCCAGCAGGACUCGAGCAGAGUCUGUCAGGACUUUCUAUUAGCUCACCCUCGACUGCUGUCAGUAAUGUUCUCAGUACAGCAGGAGUUCCAACAGUCCCGUUGUUACCACCACAGGUCAGUCAGUCCCUUACCUCCGUGCCACCAGUUAACCCAGCAACAACACUACCUGGUCUGAUGCCAUUGCCAGCGGGGCUCCCCAACCUGACUGAUCUGUCCAAACUUAAUUUGCCGGCACCGCACAUCGUUCCGGAAAUGGUACAGCCUGGUAUGCCAACCCUUCCUUCUUUGCCGCCUUUGAAUCUAAUGGGAAUAACACCUCCAUUAAUGCCACCAAAAUGUGUUCCUCUGCUUCCUUUGGUCACAGAGGUAUCUACAGUGCCUACAGAUUUGCUUCCCACCAUGACUCAAGCUGGAAGCUUUUCUGUUGACCCUGGCACUGCUGUAAAUGUAGAACAGACCUCUCAGCUCACCUUGGAUAGUGCUACCCCAACUUCUAAGGCAGCUAUUGUUGACAGAUCGAGUGAAUCCCCUGCUGUGAAUGAGAAGGCAUCCGGCAUCACAGAUACACAUGCUUCUGAAUCGUAACUCCAGAUCACUUGGUAUUUAUUUAGCCAUGGGAUACAUAUUUGAAGAGCAAGCUAUCAUUAAUUUCAUACUAGUUUGUACUUAAUCUUUAGCAGUCCUGUAAAUAAUAUGGAGGUAUAAUAAAAAUAAAGGGGAUUUAUAAAGUGAGCUUGGUGGGAGGGGAAGAAGAGUACUUGUACUUAACCAAAAAGAAAAACAAAAAACCAAACCCACAAUAAAGAAACAUUCAAGGUGGUAAAUAGAAUUCCACUGCCAAACUUGGACGUGUAUGUUUUUAAUAAAGGCUGAUAGCCUUAGCUAGGCCUCUCCUUGCUUCUAAGUAGCAAUUUUUGCUUCUCAUAGAAAUGAAGCAGUUCUUGCGUGUGACAUUUACAUACCAUAGUUCUUGUCUUUGCAAGUAUCUUGUUACUGCAGUGGGGAUGAGGAUGUUUGGUCUGAGUCAUAAAUUUUAACAGUGCAAACUUCCACCUGAAGAUGUUUCUAUUAGAAUUGCUGAGUGACCUGUUAACUAACAUGUCGGUAUUCAGCUUGUAUACAAAUCUUAUUUUUAAGCUCUUGAGAGAAGCUCAAGCCAUGUUUUGUGACUGCUGCUGUGCUGCUUCACACCCCCACUGUAAAAUGGCAUUUGGAAGGGAAUACAGGAUAUGUUACAUGUAGCACACGAUUUGGCACUUCAUGACUACUGUAAGACAAAUUAAUGCAGACAUACAGCAAUAAAUACCUGGAAUUUCA